AUGGCAAUUAAUGCACCAAGCAUCGAUAAAAUUAUAGAACAGCUACUUAAGGUGCGCAGUUCUAAAGCAUCUGCGCCAAGGGUAAAUCUCUCAGAGUCGGAAAUCAAGUUUCUGUGCAGUAAAGCAAGAGAAGUUUUCAUGUCGCAGCCUAUGCUUCUGGAGAUAGAGGCGCCCAUUAAGAUAUGCGGUGAUAUACACGGGCAGUAUUCAGACCUGCUGAGGAUAUUUGAGUGCGGAGGCCCUCCCCCAGAGAGCAACUAUCUUUUUCUUGGGGACUAUGUGGACAGAGGAAGGCAGAGCCUGGAAACAAUCUGCCUUCUCCUUGCAUACAAGGUCAAGUAUCCAGACAACUUCUUUUUGCUCCGAGGGAACCACGAGUGUGCCAGCAUAAACAGAAUAUAUGGGUUCUACGAAGAGUGCAAGGACAGGUACACAUACAAAAUAUGGAAAAAAUUCACUGAAACAUUUAACUGCAUGCCUGUAGCAGCUCUUGUAGAUGAAAAGAUAUUUUGCAUGCAUGGCGGCCUUUCUCCUGACCUCCAGUCCUUCAAUCAGAUCCGGUCUAUACAUCGUCCUACAGACAUCCCAGACAGCGGGCUGCUCUGUGAUCUUCUUUGGAGCGAUCCGGACAAAGACACCCACAAGUGGGGAGACAAUGACAGAGGGGUGAGCUUUACCUUUGGCACAAGAGUUGUAAAAGAGUUCCUAGACAAGCAUAAUUUAGACCUCAUAUGCCGAGCCCACCAGGUUGUAGAGGACGGCUAUGAAUUUUUUGCAGACAAAAGGCUUGUUACUAUAUUUUCUGCCCCAAACUACUGUGGGGAGUUUGAUAACUCAGGCGCUAUUAUGGAGGUAGAUGAAAACCUAGUCUGCAGCUUUAGAGUUCUUAAACCGCUUGAUGGUUAG